AUGGCAGCUUUUAUGGCAAGAAAUGACCUCCAUGAUGUGGGAAUCAUAGGUCCCAAAUUUACAUGGUGUAAUAACAAAAGUGAAAAUGCGCGUAUUCUUGAGAGAUUAGACAGGUGUCUUUUGAACUCCAAGGCUCUUAACAUGAUUCAGAAUGCUGUGGAUAAGUUAUUUCAUACCAAGCAGAUUAAAUUUGAAGAAGUCUGGGCUUCUUUUCCAGCCUCCAAAGGUAUUGUCUUAAAAUCUUGGAACAAACCGGUCAAAGGGAAUGAUAUGGAUAUUAUUAAUGUUAAGUGCAAGAGAAGAAGCGAAUGGGAAUGGAAUGGAGCCAGAGAAACUUAUUCUGCUGAGAUAAAAAUUCAUGAAUUCAACUUGAACUUAGCACGGUUAAGCACCUGGUGGAGGCAAAGAACUAAGCUGAAAUGGAUUCAAGAUAAUGAUACUAAUUCAAGAUUUUUCCAAUCCUUUGCUAAUGGUAGACGAAUGGGAAAUCUUAUUCACCAGUUGAAAAAUGAUGAAGGAAAUCUAGUUGAGAACCAAGCAGAAAUUGAGGAAAUUCUGUUGAAUUUCUUUAACAACAAAUGGAAGAAAAGAAAUGGCUACGUGGAAGGAUGGCCUCCAUUUUUUAAUUCUAUUUCAGCAGCUGAAUGA